ACAUGCUGCUGCUCAAGAAACAGACGGAGGACAUCAGCAGCGUCUAUGAGAUCCGGGAGAAGCUUGGCUCGGGCGCUUUCUCCGAGGUGGUACUGGCCCAGGAGCGGGGAUCCUCACACCUUGUCGCCCUCAAGUGCAUCCCCAAGAAGGCCCUUCGAGGGAAGGAAGCCCUGGUGGAGAACGAGAUCGCGGUGCUCCGCAGGGUCAGCCACCCCAACAUCGUGGCUCUGGAGGACGUCCACGAGAGCCCUUCCCACCUCUAUCUGGCCAUGGAGCUGGUGACAGGGGGUGAGCUGUUCGAUCGCAUCAUGGAGCGAGGCUCCUACACGGAGAAAGACGCCAGCCACCUGGUGGGCCAGGUCCUUGGUGCUGUUUCCUACCUGCACAGCCUGGGCAUCGUGCACCGAGACCUUAAGCCUGAAAACCUCCUCUAUGCCACACCCUUCGAGGACUCCAAGAUCAUGGUCUCUGACUUUGGCCUCUCCAAAAUCCAGGCUGGCAACAUGCUGGGCACCGCCUGUGGGACACCGGGCUAUGUGGCCCCGGAGCUCUUGGAGCAGAAACCCUACGGGAAGGCUGUAGAUGUGUGGGCCCUGGGUGUCAUCUCCUACAUCCUGCUGUGUGGGUACCCCCCCUUCUACGACGAGAGCGACCCCGAACUCUUCAGCCAGAUCCUGAGGGCCAGCUACGAGUUUGACUCUCCCUUUUGGGAUGACAUCUCAGAAUCAGCCAAAGACUUCAUCCGGCACCUUCUGGAGCGAGACCCCCAGAAGAGGUUCACCUGCCAGCAGGCCUUACAGCAUCUUUGGAUCUCCGGGGAUGCAGCCUUUGACAAGGACAUCCUGGGCUCAGUCAGUGAGCAGAUCCAGAAGAAUUUUGCCCGGACCCACUGGAAGCGAGCGUUCAAUGCCACCUCCUUCCUGCGCCAUAUCCGGAAGCUGGGGCAGAGCCCGGAGGGCGAGGAGGCCUCGGGACGGAGGGUGACGAGCCAUAGCCACCCUGGCCUCCAGACCGGCCAAGCCCCCAAGUGGUGACACCCAGGCUGAGCACACGGACACCCAGAUUCCCUUCCAGUGGACCCUUUCAGUCUCCUCUGCCUCCCCCGACCCCUGAGUCCUGUGGGUGUGGUGCCUGGCCCAGGGUUGGCCGCUGGUGGGGCGAGUCCACGGACUUCCCCUCCCCUGUCACCACCACACCCCCUCUAGAAGCCUCAAGGCCCCAGGGGUUGUCCUUCCUGCGUGCUGUUGUGUGCUUCGCUGACUGUGGGUGGUCCUGCUUGCGUUGUGGCCCUCCAGCCCCCCUCUAGUCUCCCCCAAAUCAAUAAAGACAGACAGC